AUGCGCAUGCGCACGGAGGACAAAACAAAUCCAAGUGGCCUCCGAGCUGGGCGCGUCGCCAUGCCAGCGCCUCCCUCGCCCCGCCUCCCCCAGGAGAUCCGUCCCGGCACCCAUCCUGGCCAGCUUCUCGAGCCGAGUGCGGCCGUGGCCACGAGAGCCUCCCGAAGCGCCCCGACGCACCUCCCAGAGGACCACGCCGACGACGCCGUCGUCGCGUGGUCGGUCGGCGCGCCGACGACAGCCCCCGCCCCCGGCACGCGCGCGCGCGCGACAGUGCACCUCUGGCCAGGUGCGCCACGCCCGGCCCACCCUCUGGAGGCGGCGAGGGGUACAGUCAAGAGGAGGCGGGAAGGCGAGAGGGGGGAGAGGCGUGCGAGGCACAGUGCUGUGCCACAAGGGGCGCUGCCCAUCCGACGAAAGGAGCAGGGAGGGUGAGGAGAGGAAGGGAAGCAAGGACGGAGAGGGCAGCUGCUCUCACCUCUAGCUGAGCAAAAAAAAUCAAGGGACCACUGGAGAUUCGGGUCUUGCAGCGACCCCUCCGCGCGGGCAUCUGGGCUGCCUGGGGCUGGAAGGUCGGCUGCGUGCGCCAGCACGAGUCUUUGGCCGGGGGCCAGCACGCUCACACCAGCCUUCCUGGCUGCCCUCAAGGCCGAUUUGAUAGGCCCCCCCCUCUCUCGGUCCCCUCUCCCUCGCCCUGUGAAGUCCUGGCGGCGUCAGUGUUGGGUUAUCAGUGCAGAUUGGCGCCCAGACCCAACCCUCGGUAGACGCCAGCGCUGGGUUACCCUCCACUGAUCCAUAGUCCUGCCUCCGCCCAGCCUCGCCUCCCGCCAGGCCAGUGGCUCCGCGACGCAGAAGGCCGGUCAACGCGCCGGCCAAGCCGAUCGUUGCUUCAGGCUCGGCGCGUCGCCCGGCUUGCCUCGUAGCGGUUCCAGACACAGACGUGGCAGUGGCUGCAGUCCGCCCCGUCCUUGCACCCGCGGUUCUUGCGCACGUACUUGCAGGCAUCCUGGCAGGUGUACGGGUGGCCCACGGAGCCGACGCUGAGCACCCCCGCGAAGUCCUUCGGCAUGCCCAGGCGGUCCGGCGACUUCUUCUUCUGCGCCAUGGCCGCGGCGGCCUGGGGCUCUCCGGCGCGCGCCCGGCGGGGCCGCGCCGCGGCGGACCCGGGCGCCCGCGGGGGCGGCGGCGCUCCC